UGGGCAUUUGGGCGAAUCUUCUAUAAGUAUCGUUUAUUUGAUUCCGCGUGUUAUGUGUAUAGUAACAUGGAAUAGGCUACUUUGCUCUAAUGGGCGGGCAAGGCAAGGCUAUGGCCAUGCCGCCUUCUCAUUCUUCCGCACUAGCAGGAGCUUCUUCCAGCCCUAGCGCUUCUUCCUCGUGCUCCUCCUCUUCCUCCUCGGGCGCCGCGGUCAUAGGUCUCAUUCGAGAUAGGGAUUCUUCGUCCAGCGCCUUGGAUCAUCAGCAGAGUAAGCGACGACAGCCUCCAGCGCCCGCGAUCGAUGAGGACGACGCUCCAAGUGCUAGGAUUCCAGCAGCAGCGGCGGCGGCAGCGGCAGCUCCAGCUAAGGAUUCCCUUGCCUAUGCCGAAAUAUUGCUGUCGAGGAGCAAGUUCGCGGAUGCCCAGCUGCUGUACAAGAGCGUGCUCGAGGCGGAGCCGAGCUGCGUCCAGGCGCUGGUCAGCAAGGGCGUUUGCCUCCAGAUGCAAGGUAAUGCGCGCCAGGCCUUGGAAUGCUUCGCGUCGGCGCUCAAGCUCGAUCCUUCCAAUGCUCGAGCCCUAACGCAAUGCGGCAUUCUCUACAAGGAAGAGGGCCAUCUGCUCGAAGCAUCCGAGGCUUAUCAAAAAGCGCUCCAGGCAGACCCAAAGUACAAACCAGCCUUGGAAAGCCUCGCGGUUGUCUUGACUGACAUUGGCACCAGCUUGAAGUUGUCUGGGAACGUCCACGAUGGUAUGCAAAAGUACUUUGAGGCGCUUCGAGCGGAUGCUACGUACGCGCCGGCGUUUUACAACCUGGGUGUCGUUUACUCGGAGAUGCUCCAGUAUGACACAGCUUUGAACUGUUACGAGAAGGCCGCGGCGCACAGGCCCAUGUAUGCCGAAGCAUACUGCAACAUGGGCGUCAUCUAUAAGAACCGGGGAGAUUUAGAUGCGGCAAUCGCUUGCUACGAGAGGUGCUUGGCUGUCUCUCCAAAUUUUGAAAUCGCAAAGAACAAUAUGGCGAUCGCGCUGACAGAUCUUGGCACUAAGGUGAAGCUUGAGGGAAACAUCCAUCAAGGCGUUGCUUAUUACAAAAAGGCCUUGCUCUAUAACUGGCACUAUGCCGACGCGAUGUACAACCUCGGUGUUGCGUACGGGGAAAUGCUGAAAUUCGACAUGGCAGUCGUGAUGUACGAACUGGCGUUGCAUUUCAACCCUCAGUGUGCGGAAGCAUGUAAUAACUUAGGAGUCAUUUACAAGGACAGGGACAAUUUGGACAGAGCCGUCGAAUGUUAUCAGAUGGCUCUUACAAUAAAACCCGACUUUUCCCAGUCUCUCAACAACCUUGGCGUCGUUUAUACCGUCCAGGGAAAGAUGGACUCUGCGUCGGCAAUGAUCGAAAAGGCGAUCCUCGCAAACCCUUCGUAUGCAGAGGCUUAUAACAAUCUCGGUGUGUUGCAUCGAGAUGCCGGAAAUAUUUAUCUUGCAAUUGAGGCUUACGAACGUUGCUUGCGUAUAGACUCGGACUCUCGGAACGCCGGGCAGAACCGCUUAUUGGCAAUGAACUACAUAUAUGAGGAUGAAGAUAAAUUAUACCAUGCUCACAGAGACUGGGGCAAGCGGUUUUUGCGUCUAUAUUCUCCAUACACAACUUGGAGCAAUUCCAAGGAACCUGACAGACCACUAACCAUAGGAUACAUCUCACCCGAUUACUUCACCCAUUCUGUCUCUUAUUUUAUAGAAGCCCCGCUUAUGCACCAUGACUAUAGUAACUACCGGGUUGUCGUGUAUUCUGCAGUCGUCAAGGCAGACGCUAAAACACAACGCUUUAAGGACGCUGUGUUGAAAAACGGUGGUAUGUGGAAGGAAGUUUAUGGAAUCGACGAGAAGAAAGUAGCAGCUCUUGUCAGAGAAGAUAACGUGGAUAUCUUGGUAGAACUUACUGGGCAUACGGCAAAUAAUAAGCUCGGGGUUAUGGCGUGUCGUCCGGCUCCUCUUCAGGCCACCUGGAUAGGAUAUCCAAACACAACUGGGCUAGCCACAAUUGAUUACAGAUUUACAGAUUCAUUGGCUGAUCCGCCAGAUACCAGACAAAGGCACGUAGAGGAACUUGUUAGGCUGCCGGGAUGCUUUUUAUGCUACACACCUUCUGCCGAAGCAGGCCCAAUCGUUCAAGCCCCGGCUUUGACAAACGGUUUUGUCACUUUCGGAAGCUUUAAUAAUCUAGCGAAGAUAACUCCUCGGGUUGUUCGUGUUUGGGCCAGGAUACUCUGUGCCGUUCCGACAGCCAGACUAGUUGUCAAGUGCAAGCCAUUUUGUUGUGACGGAAUAAGGGACAAGUUUCUUGCCAAAUUCGAGGAGCUGGGCGUGCAACCGAUGCGGCUUGAUCUAUUGCCUCUCAUUCUGUUAAACCACGACCACAUGCAGGCGUAUUCGUUCAUGGAUAUCAGCCUCGAUACAUUUCCAUACGCGGGUACCACGACCACCUGCGAAUCGCUCUACAUGGGGAUACCGUGCGUUACAAUGGCAGGCAAGGUCCAUGCAAACAAUGUGGGUGUUACGUUACUGAGCCAAGUCGGCUUGUGUAAUCUAAUCGCCCGGACGGAAGACGAGUACGUGAAGAAAGCUGUGGACUUAGCUUCGGACGUUUCAAAGCUCUCGGCAUUGAGGACUGGACUCCGGGACAGGAUGCUCAAGUCCCAACUUUGCAAUGGCCCGAGCUUCGUCCAAGGCUUGGAAGCGGCCUACCGUACCUUGUGGCAAAGGUAUUGUCAGGGAAUUGUACCAUCGCUCGUUAGGCUUAGAGACGACCAGGCCGACGGCACCCACUCGGACAACACGAACUGGGUGAACGGCUUCAAGCCGACAGCAAAUGGUUUUGGGUCGGCCAUUAUUUCGGACACUAGAACCAGGUAGAAAGGUACGCACGCUUCCAUUUUAUAGGCCAGAGGGAAGGAUCACUGGGAUGAAGCACUUCACCAUUGUUUCCUCCUGUCUUCCUUUUAUUUACAGUGCAGGGAGUCCACCAAAUGGACACAAAUAUAUAAGAUUUCCGAUGAUUUCUAGUUGCAGCAA